CCGACAAAGCCCGAUCAUCUUAUCCGGCCACCUUGCAAGCCUCACUGACUCAAUUCCUGUUUUUGGCACUCCAAAUGGCACACGCUCCCGUGUCCAGUUCCCUAGUAUGUUACCCGCUCAGACUAGGACCCGGGGAAGAAAUAAAAGGGACUUUAAUCAAGUUUGUGGAGGAUAAUAAACUGAAAGCAGCUUUCUUACUCUCAGCCGUGGGCAGCGUCACCAAAGCUACAUUACGCAUGGCCGAUUCCAGCACAAUAUCAACUUUCCAAGGUCCGUUUGAGAUCGUCUCCCUUGUCGGAACAUUGUCACACGGGGGACACCUGCACGUGGCGUUGUCAGACGCCGAGGGGAAAAUGUUAGGUGGUCACGUGAUCGGCGAUAUGGAGGUGUACACGACGGCAGAGGUCGUAAUUGGUGAAUGCAGUGAAGCUGUGUUCCGGAGAGAACCGGAUUCACAAACUGGUUAUGACGAGUUGGUCGUCACACGGAAGACGAAUUAGACUUGAAGACAUUUCCUUCAAUUUAUCAACCAACUUCAUGUAACACGAGGGGCCUCCGUGGCUCAGUUGGUUAGCGCGCUAGCGCAGCGUAACGACCCAGGAGUCUCUCACCAAUGCGGUCGUUGUGAGUUCAAGUCCAGCUCAUGCUGGCCUCCUCUCCGGCCGUAUGUGAGAAGGUCUCUCUGAUCAUGUAACACGAUUUAUCCCAAUUUCACCGAACCACACAAAUCGUCUACAAAUCUCUUAGUUGUUUUAAAAAAAAAGAAAUGGCUAAGGAAUAUCUCAGCUUUUCCUGUGGCUAUUUUUCGUAACACGAUUUUGUAGUGUAAAGAUGAGCAACCGAUUUUAAAGCAAAAUGCUCAUUUAGUAUUUGUAUAAGUAAGCAGGCUCGAGUGCCGAAAAAAUUUAUAUUGCCAGUCUUUUCUUGAAUGCCACGUCGAAGAACAGACACGAC